AAAAACUACUACUUCACAAAUAUUAAAGCACCAAUUGUUGCUUCUCUUAAACCCAUAUAAAAAGAGCCCUAAAUCAAGGUGUGGUAUUUAACUGCCCUCUUCAAAAUUUUAAACAGCAGUAUUAUCACCUAUUUUCUCCUCUGUCUUAAAUCCAUUUGAACCUAUUACCAUGGCUCCACCCAAAAGAUAUUGGGCCAAGUUGAAAGUGCCCUCUGAGUUUUUGAAAACGUUACCAGAAUUCCCCCCUCCAAUAUCGAAGUCCCGUUUGAAGAAACUAGCCGCUGAAGAGCGUAGAGCCUUAGCGGCAGCAUCACAGUCCAAUGGUAGCAGUGCAGGUGCAUCAAAAGCAGGCUCUCCAACUCCCAGUAUGAAUGAGUCUAUAGUGGACGAGCAUGAUGGGAAUGAUUUGGAAAGUAGUCCUGUUAAAUCCCACAAGACCAAUCCUGCUUUAGCCCUUGCUAAUCAAAAUAAUGCUAAAAUCAACUCUGGUGUUAAGGAAAUGUCAACGGCUGGUUUAACCAUGAAUAGUGCCAAUAGUUCAAGCUACGCCCUCGAUAAGUCGGGGACUGGUGUUAGAAAGUGGAAAAAGGGCCCAAGACAAUUCAAGACUUUUAGUGGAUUCAAGGUUACUUAUUCCGCUUACAGAACCAUGCCUACUUCGAGAUCCAAGCCUGAGAAACUGGCCAAGGCAAUCAAAGAUAAAGCUAUAAAAAACGAAACUAUAAAAGAUGACCUUAUCAAGGAAUCCUCUUCUGGGGCCGCUACUCCUGUAAACUAAGAAAGUAGAUGAAUUACGUCCUUUCCUACUUUCGACUUAGAAACGAUUAUGAAUUCGAUUACGCAUUAAAAGAUAAUUGAUCCUCAUUUGUAUAUUAAAGGAAUUAUUUGUAAUAUAACG